CAUUCACAGACACCCCUGUUGCCGACACAUAGUCUAUCCGUUCUACAACAUGUGACCAAUCCAGCCAGUACGAAUGCACCGAAUGGCUACGCAGCACAGAACGGUGUGCAAACACAACAAGAACAGGGACAGGCCCAAGUGCACGAAUCGACUGAGCUGCAGGAGCUAGAAGAAGGUGAGCUGCAGUCGCGGCAACAACAGGCGAUGGCAUACGCACAGCAGAGGCAACAACCUCUGCUACAUCCACCAGCGUACCAGGCACAGCAACAACAACCACAACAACAAGUACAACAACAACAACUGCAACAACAACGGCAACAACAGUAUCAAUUACAACCACAGCAGCAAUAUUAUCACCAACAACAACUACUGCAACAACAACAAAUGCUGCAUCAACCACAGCUACAGCAGCACGGGUAUACAUACACUCAGUACGGGUACACACAGCAGCCGUAUUCAACACACACACAGCAACAGUUUGCUCCAAUGGCCGCGCAGCAGCCUAAUGCGCAUCAGCACGCAAUGAGGGUAUACCAACCCAGUACGGGAAAAAUGCCACAGACGAAUCAAAUGCCACUGAUAAUGUAA